ACUUUUGACAAUUGCGCCGGAACGUACAGAAGAGGAAAACAAUUUCAAGGAAUGUCGUAAAGUGGGGACCUCGGUGACAUUAUAAACUCACUAAAUCAAGAAUAAAAACAUAAAGAAACAAUGCUACCGUCUACAGGACUCUUCAAAGCGAUCACGUGCCCGUACUACGAGUCUGAUGGCUGUACGCGGCCCUACUGCCACUUCAAGCAUGCGAGGAAAGAUGAAGACACCGGGCAAUCUAAAACGGCUAGUUACACUCCCUCACCCGCGCCAGCACCCACGCUACUCACGUUAUCUGAGCCUGUCAAGAAAAAAUCGAAACUGGAGUACGUGCCCACAAAGCCAGCGAUCAACGACGCCCCACCAAAGGUCGACUACGCCUCCAACAGCAUCAGCGCACCCGUCUAUAUUCCCUCCAAUUCUCUAGCAAUAAAAACCGAACCAGAUUCCGCGGCCGAUUCACAACAAAACUCCGCGGGAGGAGAAAAUAUCCAGGCAAUUCCCAGCCCAAUCCGGGACGAGCCGGAAUCUCCCAAGCAUACCGUCUCGGAGGACAUCAUCACCAUAUCAGACGGCGAGGACCACACUGCGGACACUGACGAAUUCGCGGAAGCAGAGGAGGUGCGCCAGGAGCCGGAAAAUGGGAGAGAAUCGCUUCCGGAGGAGAUUACAAACGGGGACAAAAGUGAACCCAACGAACCGAAAAAAGUAGAGAAAGAUAAGGAGCGGCGGCACAACAGCUCCUCCCGUUCACAUUCGUCUAGUCACAAAUCGCGACACAAAUCCUCGUCGCACUCAUCUUCCUCGAAACACAAAAGCUCCCGUGACCGCGACAAGUCGAGCAGAAGCCGGGACCGUGACAAAGAGAAAGAAAAAGACAAAAGCAAGUCGUCCUCAUCGCACCGCAGUCGCUCGAAACACUCAAGCAGCACCACAAAGUCCAGCUCUCACGCCGAUAGCUCCCGUAAAUCCUCGUCCAGUAAGAGUUCAUCUACAUCAAAGUCGAAAUCAUCCUCAUCGUCGUCGCAUAGAAAGCGCUCGCGAUCGAAAGAACGGUCCUCAACGCGCGAGAAGUCUUCAGACAUGCGAAAGGCUAAAGAGGCCAAGCUUGAAACCAGCAAUCUCGCCCCCACCGUGUCCUACGAAACCACCAGCGAAGAGGAGGAAGAGGACAUCAUAGCUCAGUGCAAAAUGAUCUACGAGGAAUACACCUCACAGACAGGACUGACGAAUUCCCAGGAGAAGCAAACCGCCGAGGAAGCAGCAUCGGCACACAAACCUGAGGAGAGCAACUACGAAGAUGCGAGGGAGCGGAAGAAGUGGCUGGCGCAUGAGAAAUCAGCUGGUGCGAAGCCUCUAAUUCAGCCGGUCGUGAGGAAAACAAAUCACGUGCAGAACGCCAUGCAGUCGGUCUAUCGUCGACAAGAAAUCGUCCGAUUACAACAAGAAGCAGCUGCUGCAGCCGCCGCUCUUAAGGCGGCCGAGGAGAGGGAACGAGCAGAGGAAAAACUGAAAGAAGAAAACAAUCUGACGCCGCUUAUUCCCAGGAACUAUCUCCAACCGCCGAAAAUUCCAGUUCGUUCCAUCGCUCCUGCGUCCAAUGUUCUCGCUAUAGAACGUGCUAAAAAGAAAAUCGAAGAACUACGUGCACAAAAACAACUCACACCCAGUAAGACUGCAUCAAAAGUAAUGGGACGCAUUGCACAUAUUAAUACAACAAUUCCUACAACUACUUCUAAGGCCAUCGAACAAUCUCAACCAGCACCGCCCGUUCUAGAGGCGAAUUCAUCAAAAAUUUCAUAUAAUUUAAGGAUGCAAUACUAUAAUAUGAUGGUGAAACAUUGUUUGAAUAUUUAUCCAACGUGCGAGGAUGCAUGGGAGCGGGCGCAGACUGAAGAACUUGCAGUAUUCAAAAAAUGCAGUACCCCCGUCAUUUAUAAAAGUAGUGCCCUGCUGACCAUCAAUAAGUUAAGGAAAGAGUCAAUUGAUGCUGGAAAUAUAAAUACCGAAAAGAAUAAAACAGUUUCUCACGAGGUUAUUCUUGCGGGCAAAUUAGGUCAAAGUAAUGCCUGGAGUGUCAACAAGAAAAAAGUAGAUGAAAUUUCAACAUCAAAUGAGCCUAUAGACAAGCUUCCGGGAACCAAGGCCUAUGAGCUAGUGGCUGAGUGCUGUAUGACCGAAGAGCAAUUAGUAGAAAAUGGGUAUCCGCGACCCGGUCCUAAGCCGGGUACAGCCAUUAUAAAGGAGACAAGAACUAAAGUAAAACCGCCCAAUGCUAAUGAAAGGUAUUGUAGCCGAUGUUCAAAACUCUUUGAUUUAUCAAUAUAUGACGAGGAAGCGAAGGAUGAGUGCAAUUAUCAUCCAAAGAGUACAGGAUAUAGGAGAGGAUUUGCAGAUAAUUUACAUCGUUGCUGUCAGCAACCAGCUGGAACCCCUGGCUGCACCUAUGCCGAUUAUCACAUUUCUGACUAUAUCGACUAUGACAAUCUGACAGGCUUCGUCAAAACUAUUGAAUACGACGAAUCUUUUGUACCUACGCGUAAAGAUAUUUUCGCACUGGAUUGUGAGAUGUGUUACACCACGGCUGGAAUGGAGUUGACACGUGUCACAGUGGUAGAUAUGAAUGCCAAAACCGUUUACGAUGCCUUAGUUAAGCCUGACAAUAAGAUAGUAGACUAUAACACAACAUAUUCCGGCAUAACGGAAGCCAUGUUGAAAAAUGAGAAAAGAACCCUUCGGGAUAUUCAAGCCGUCAUACUCUCUAUGUUUCAUUCGAAGACAAUAUUAAUCGGGCAUAGUUUGGAGUCGGACUUAAAAGCGUUGAAAUUGAUUCACAGUUUAGUUGUGGAUACUUCAGUAUUAUUUCCACAUAAGAUGGGUCCCCCGAAAAAGAGAGCAUUGAAAACGCUUUGUAUUGAAUAUCUAAAGAGAAUAAUUCAGGAAAAUGAACAUGGGCAUGACAGUGCUGAGGAUGCCGAAGUAUGUAUACAGCUAGUUAAGUACUAUUUGCGUAAUCGAAUAGUGUAAGGAUGACGAAGGACUUUGGGCAGUUCAUUUAAAAUAAUACAUAGAAAAAAAAUAUCGCGACAAACAGAUAUGAGAGAGGAAUGGAUAUAUAAUCUGCACAUCUUUGUUUAUUGCUGUUCUGUCCAAAUUUUAUUUACUGCCUGAAAAAAUAAAAGUCAAGAGGAUAUUAAAGAGAAA